AUGAAUUCAAUCCAGCCCCAGCCCUCUCGACCUCUGUGGCUUGACGGAACGCCCAAUUUGGCAGCGUUGAAAGGAACACCUCGUCCUUCUGCGCCGCCUUCUACGCCCCAGCCCGAUCCAGCGAUAGCCCCUUCUACUCUGGCUCUGCCUCGUCCAUCGCUGCAGAAAGAUCAAAUCGAAGUUCGGGUAAUUCAGCCAGUCUUUCAAGACCCUUGGCAGACGUAUGAGGCGAUCGUGGUGAUUUUCCAAGGACAGUCUGUCUUUCUGGCCCGACACAGGGAAAGCAAAGCAACACUUGUCAAUAUUCAUCUUUUGAAGCAACAAUUCUCAUCCGUCAAGCCAUUGCUGGAAACAAUCAGCCAGAUAUCUCACCCCAGCUUUCUAGGCCUGGUAGCGUGCUAUUGUUGGGAGGAGCAGGUAUUUCUGGUCCGGGAGCCAGUGGAGCUCUCGGUGAGUCACAUCCUCGCAUCAAGGUGCACUAUCACGGAGGGGGAGAUUACUGCAAUUGUUCGGCCGGUCCUCGAAGGAAUUCAAUAUCUGCGCGGCCAGGGGAGAGCACUUGCCGCCUUGAGUGCUGACACUUUGUUACUCACGGAGUUCGGUGGUGUCAGGAUCGCGGGAGUGGAACAAAGUUGCCAGAUCGAUGCAGCCGAGAUGGACGCAGCCACAAUGAAGCUGUUUGCUUUGGCGGAGGUGGUGGAGAGAUUGAUCAUGAAGAAUCCUUCGCAAUACCCAUGGAGUGCCGAAGUAAAGAGUCUGCCUGACGAGUUGAAGAGAUGCAAUUCACCGGAGACGCUACUACGCAGCAAACCGUUCGAGCAAUCGGGGGAUGAGGGCGAAUUGAAGAUGCUGGUGAACGCGGCCAAUAAGACUGCUUAUCAUAAUCUAGAAUCGUUCAAGCGCAUAUGA